AUGCCCGGUUAUGCUAUGUUUAUGAAGGACAUGGUGACAAAGAAGAGAUCGGGGAGUUUUGAAGAUGAUGACAGAGUGCAACAUUGUAGUUUUAUUGCUACAAAGUCUCAUGUGCAGAAGAAAGAAGAUUUGGGCGCCUUCACUAAUCCAUGUACUAUAGGGUUGCUACACUUUGCCAAGGCACUAUGUGAUCUUGGUGCGAGCAUAAAUCUUAUGCCUCCGUCCAUUUAUAAAAAGUUAGGCUUGGGUGACCCAAAGCCUACUACGAUGUGGUUACUUACGACUGAUCGAACUGUGAAGAGUCCCAUUGGUAUACUCCAUGAUGUGCUUGUGAAAGUCGAAUCAUUCACAUUUUCGGCCGAUUUUGUGAUUCUUGAUUGUGAAGUUGACUUUGAGGUCCCCAUUAUUCUAAGAAGACCAUUUCUUGCAACUCGGCGUGAAUUAGUCGAAAUGGAGGAGGGGAAAAUGAAAUUUAGGUUGAACAAUGAAGAAGCAACUUUAAAUAUAUGUAGGUCCAUGAAGUAG